UUCCUUUGAAGAAACGACAAAGCCUCGUGUAGCUGCAGAUCCCUGCGCAAGGGAAAAAUAAUAUAAAAAAAGGUACAAUAAUUUUGAAAUCGAGUUCUCCCAAUUAAUUUGAAAUGAUUUUUUGCUCUUUCUCAGGGGAGAAUAUGCCCUAUAUCUCUACAAAUUUUUAAGUUGGAAUUUUCAAGCUAGUUUUUUGCUGGAGCCUUACAAUGGUGAAGAAGUGGGUCGCCGUGAUAUUUGUUGCCAUGGCGAUUCUUCCGGCCUGCAUUGCCGGAAUAUCUGAUAAAGAUAUCAGGGAAAAGUUCUACGGGAACUUGAGUUUUCAGGCGACGCCUCCAGAUCCAGGAGAAGGGAGCAUCGCAAAGAUGUUUGAUCGGGUUUUGGAGAAGGAGUUUUCAGAGCAGGAUCAACCAGAGGGAUCUGAUGGGAGUAGCUUUAAUAGCACUGUAGCAGAUCAACAGGGCGUAUUGGAGACUGUUGCAAGAGUUACUCAUGAGAAGUCCAAGAAAAAUGAUACUCAAGAAGCAAAUGGCACUAGAUCAUUCCAGUUGCAAGAUGUCUUUGCCCUGGACAACGAGGGGUCUGAUGAUAUGCCGACGUUGAUAGAUAAAAAGGACAAUGUAUUCAUAAUGUCCAAUCGAAAAUCAAAGUAUCCUGUGCUUCAAGUGGACGUAAGGUUAAUUUCAGACCUAGUGGUUGUAAUUGUUUCUGCUACAGUUGGUGGAAUUACCUUGGCCUGCUUGGGGCAACCAGUUAUUACGGGUUAUCUCCUUGCAGGUUCCCUCAUAGGUCCGGGGGGCUUGAGUUUCAUUAGUGAAAUAGUACAGGUUGAGACUGUGGCACAGUUUGGUGUGGUCUUUCUCCUUUUCGCUUUAGGCCUUGAAUUCUCUUUGCCUAAGUUAAGAGCUGUUGGGGCUGUUGCUGUUCUUGGUGGGUUACUUCAGAUUGUCAUUUUUAUGUGCCUGUGUGGCAUAACUGCCUUGUUAUGUGGUGCAAAGUUGUCUGAGGGCAUAUUUGUUGGUACAUUUUUAUCAAUGUCAUCAACUGCCGUGGUGCUGAAAUUUUUGGUGGAACGCAGUAGUUCUAAUGUAAUUCAUGGCCAAAUCACAAUAGGAACUCUUAUUCUGCAGGAUUGUGCUGUUGGAUUGCUAUUUGCUUUGCUCCCAGUUCUGGGUGGCAAUAGUGGAAUUUUUCAAGGAGUUAUGUCUAUGGCGAAGUUGUUGCUGGUUUUGUCCCUGUUCUUAAUGGCUACAUCUAUUUUGUCUUGGUCUUUUGUUCCUCGGUUCUUGAAGUUAAUGAUCCAGCUUUCCUCGCAAACAAAUGAACUUUAUCAGCUGGCAUCUGUGGCUUUCUGCUUAUUGGUAGCUUGGUGCAGUGAUAAAUUGGGGCUGAGUCUUGAACUUGGUUCAUUUGUUGCUGGGGUUAUGAUAUCUAACACUGAUUUUGCUCAACAUACACUAGAUCAGGUGGAGCCAAUUCGAAACCUAUUUGCGGCUCUCUUUCUAGCCAGUAUUGGAAUGCUCAUACAUGUCCAGUUCUUAUGGAGUCAUGUAGAUAUAUUGCUAGCAUCUGUGAUUCUUGUUGUGGUUAUAAAGACAAUUGUGAUUGCAUUGGUGAUCAAGGGGUUUGGAUACAACAUCCGGACAUCAUUUCUUGUGGGACUAUCACUUGCUCAAAUUGGAGAGUUUGCAUUUGUUCUUUUAAGUCGCGCCUCAAAUCUGCAUCUUAUUGAGGGGAAAAUGUAUCUUCUACUUUUGGGAACUACAGCACUCAGCCUGGUAACUACUCCACUCAUGUUUAAGUUGAUCCCAGCGGUCAUGCACCUCGGAAUUCUAAUGCAUUGGUUCCCUGCAGAGAGUGCUCAAAAUGAGAAAGAGAAGGAUGUGCUGCGUAUAUUCCCUAGAGUCGAAGAUAUCUGAGAUGGGAUUUCCGUGCUGCCGAUGACUGCAGGAGAGAGCAGCCAUGCUUGAAGCCCACAAUAGGUUGCUGUGAGGACCAAAGAAUUCGACACAAGCCACUCUCGAUCUGAUUGUAUGCAGAAAAAUUAUGUAUGCACUUUAUGAACUCAAAAUGCUUGCGGACAAUGGAUUCAAUCUGCUCUCCGAUCGAAUGAGCUAUGAGCUGCGGAUCCAAAAUCAAACAUUCUUUUGAGGGACAAACAAUUUUUAGCUCUGAAGCAUCCUUGGAGGCUAGUCCCAUCUUUGUGGAUUGUAAUUAUCAGGCCAUUAAUGAGUUCGUGACCAAAUAUCGAGCUAAUAGCUGCCUCCCCUGUACAUAUUACUACGGGUUUUGAUUGUUGAUUUGUAUAACUCGGGUUCUCUUUGGCAGCUUUUGUUUUUCUUUUUCUUUUUGGAGAUUCAAUUGAUUGUAACUUAGAGAGAUGAUGUUUUGUGUUGGCAAAGCUUAACGAAUUAAAUUUCAGUGGAAUACUUGAAGCUCGUGAGAUGUUAGCCCUU